CUUCAUUGUUACCUGGGAGUCGAAUGAGAUUGGUAGAAUAGUAUUAGUUUGAUUGGAUGAUUCCGGUCAGUCCUCUUCAAUGCAAUAAGAGUUAGUUACAGCAAUUUUAAGUCUUUAUUCUGAAUCCUACUUUCAGCUCUAUUGAACUUGAAGGUUUACGCCAAAAUGUAUUGUGGAGAUUAUCAGAUACAAGGAACAAUCUUCCCAGCUCCAAAUUUCAACCCAGUUAUAGAUGCCCAGAUGCUGGGGGGAGCCCUACAGGGAAUAGGUUGUGAAAAGGACAUGGUGAUUGAUAUUCUAACACAGCGUUGCAAUGCACAAAGACUUAUGAUUGCAGAGGCUUACAGGGACAUGUAUGGCAGGGAUUUGAUUAUGGACCUGAAAGAGAAUCUCUCUCAUCACUUCAAAGAUGUUAUGGUUGGCCUGAUGUAUCCACCCGCAUCCUAUGAUGCCCAUGAACUCUGGCAUGCUAUGAAGGGAGCAGAGAUGGAAGAGAACUGUCUAAUUGAUAUAUUAGCCUCAAGAUCAAAUGGGGAGAUUUUCCAAAUGAAAGAAGCCUACUUAAUGCAAUACAACAAUGAUCUUCAACAAGACAUUUAUUCUGAGACUUCAGGCCACUUCAGAGACAUGCUUAUGAACCUCUCUCAGGGAACCCGGGAGGAAGGGUAUGCAGAUCCUGCUAUGGCUGCUCAGGAUGCAAUGGUCCUAUGGGAAGCAUGUCAGCAGAAAACAGGGGAACACAAAAAUAUGAUGCAAAUGAUCCUGUGCAACAAAAGUUACCAGCAGUUGUGGAUGGUUUUUCAGGAGUUCCAAAACAUCUCUGGGCAAGAUAUAGUACCUGCUAUUAAUGAAUGUUACGAUGGAUACUUUCAAGAACUGCUGAUAGCAAUAGUUCUCUGUGUUCGAGAUAAACCUUCCUAUUUUGCAUAUAGGCUUUACAAUGCAAUCCAUGAGUAUGGUUUCCAUAAUAAAACUGUUAUCAGGAUUUUGAUUGCCAGAAGUGAAAUAGAUUUGAUGAAUAUAAGACGACGAUACAAAGAGAGAUAUGGGAAAUCUCUGUUUCAUGAUAUCAGACAUUUUGCUUCAGGACAUUACGAGACAGCUUUACUUGCCAUCUGUGCUGGUGAUGCUGAAGAUUAUUAAAGGAAGAAGAUAAUGAAUUUGAAAGCUGUAUGGAUCCAUUUUUAAUAGAAAUCCAAGCCAGGCACAUUUCUUAUAACUAUUAGUUAUUCCUGCUCUCUAUAAAAAAGUGGAUCAAUCAAUGCUAGAUAUUUUCUAACUUUAAAUUUUUUUGAAAACAAGACAAGUAUACAAACUUGUUUUGUCAGGAAUAUGAUUUUUCCCAACUUGUGAAGAAAUG